AUGUCCGACGGUGUCAUGUCUGCGCUCACGACAAAGCUGCCGCUCUGGCAAGUCGAGCCCGCGUUUGGCGAGGACACCAAGCUCGUACUCAUUGUCCGCACCGAUCUCGGGAUGACCAAGGGCAAGGUGGCUGCGCAAUGCGCGCAUGCCGCGCUUGGAUGCUACAAGCGCGCAUUGAAGCAGAGCCCGGCGGUGCUGAAGGCAUGGGAAUACACAGGGCAGGCCAAAGUCACACUCAAGGUCAACAGCGAGGAGGAGAUGCUGGAGCUGCAGCGGAGGGCGGCGAGCCUUGGUCUGGUGGCCCAGUCCAUCUGCGAUGCUGGACGGACCCAGAUUGCCUCUGGAUCGCGGACCGUGCUGGGCAUCGGACCAGGACCGAUCAGCCUGGUCGACAAGGUCUCAGGCCACUUGAAGCUCUAUUGAUAGACAAAUAAAUACUGCUUUUAUUUUAU